AUGACGACCGCUCACAGACCGACAUUCGACCCAGCGCGCGGAAAGGAGGCAGCUCGUGGCGAAGCCUACCACCAGCGGUUACUACCAGCACACAAGACCCUCAAAUUUCGACAAGCAGCGCAAGGCACACCAGAUGAGCAAGCAAAGCGCGACUUGAAAGCAGAACUACUGCGCGCGGAAGCAAAGCACUACGCAAAGAAAGAAGGACGCCAGAUCACAGAAGACGACGAGGAUGCGCCAGCACAGCGGGAAGCACUUCAGAUCGAGGAUGGCGAAGGCGAGAGCGGCGGCGCGAAAAGGAAGCUGGAAGAUGCGAGCGGGGGCGGUGGAGCGGAGGCUGAAGUAGAAGAGGACUACGAAGCGAAGAAGCGGCGGGUACUGGAGGAGACUCGAGACAUAGACGCAGACUCAGAGGAGUCAGAAGAGUCAGAUUCGGAAUCAGAAGAUGAGGAAGAGGACGAGACGGCGGAGCUGAUGCGCGAACUUGCGAAGAUCAAGGCAGAGCGCGCGGAAGCUGCAGCCAAGGCGGCGGAAGAGCAGGCGAAGAAGGACGAGGAGCAGCGGGAGAAAUACAUUGCGCUGGGUAAUCCGCUUCUGAAUGGGAAGAAGGAGGAUUAUGGUGUCAAGCGGAGGUGGGAUGAUGAUGUGGUGUUCAAGAACCAGGCCAGAGGCACUGAGGAGAGAGGGAAGGAGAAGCGGUUCGUGAACGAUUUGCUUCGGUCCGACUUUCAUCGUCGCUUUAUGGACAAGUAUGUGCGAUAG